AGCAGAGUAAGGUGGACAAGGCAGAGGUGAAUAUUCAUGAAAACACGACGGAUGAACAAAACGCAAACCAGGAACUCUGGGCAGAGGCUCUCUUCAACCCCAUGAGUGGCUACUGGGAAUGUGCGUUCCAGUAUCUUGGCCGGGAAUCAACUUUCGUUUUGUGGCCGACGUUGACGGGCUACAGCAUGAGAAAUUUGGCCAGUAAGGACGUUUUCCUAGCACACGACAAGAUGAGGCAGCUAGAGGAGGAGGAGGAGGCUAGAAGUGCUGCUGGUGGUGAACUUGUGGCCGCUGUGCCUUCAUCUAGUUCUAGCGAAGAUAAGAAAAAAUCGAGCAGCACUACUACUUCUGCAAAAGAUAUCUUGCAAUCCGCGGAAGAAAUUGCAGCUAAGGCAAAUGAAGAAAAGAGAGGUUCGAGUUCGACCACAACAUUGGCGUUGCGUAGACCACCAGGCUCACCGUUUUUUCUACCGCGAAACUUACGUAGCCUUCUUCAAG